AUGAGUGUCCGAGCUACAAUGCAAAGCCUCCUCAUUGAUGAUGACAGUGGGGGAUCCAAUAAGAUCCAGUUCAGUCUGUCCACUGAAGAUGCAGGAGAACAACCUGAUGGAGAGAAAGGGGCUGACGGCCAGGGUGGAGAUGAUGAGGGGAAGGGGGGAGAUGAAGAGGGGAAGGGGGCAGAGGGAGAGAAAAAAGAAGAGGAGGAUGAAAAUAAAUAUGAGGAUGACAAUGAGGAUGACAAUGAUGAAGAAGAACUGAAACGACUUAUUGACGGCGAUGAUGAUGACGAUGAUGACCGAAUCUCUACAUCAGAUCUCUUUGAUGACAGUGAUGGAGAGACGCAGUUUGGGGAUGAUGAUGAUGACGAUGAUGACCUGUUCAGUCGUCUCGAGCAGCAGCGAGCGGAGCUGGAGGCAGCUCUUGGAGACAAGCUCAUCGAUGUCUACAAGGCUGUUCAGGUAUAA